AUGAAGCCCCUCACAUGCCUUUCCCUACUGGCUGCCUCUGCUAUCGCCGCACCUAUCGCCAGUUCUUUCCCCAAACACUUCCACCUCAAGUCCAGAGGCGCCACCAACCAAGAGCAUAACAACCUCUAUGUUUACGCAUACCACACGGGCCCAGGCCUCAAUGAUGCUGCUCUGACCAAGGAUGUGAAUACUGCAAGCUCUGUUUUCUUAACUGGCACAAAAGCCCUUUUCAAUUUCAACACUGAAUUCUCUUGGGGAGUCGUCGCCACCGGCGAUACCAAAUAUACCUCCUGGGAUCCGAUCUCGAUCAACGCAGGCCAAGGAAGUAAUGGAUUCUCUGUCAAAGGCAACAACUUCCAGUGGUCAGAAGUCAGCAGCUUCGGUGGAUGGCUCGUCUGCGACUGGUAUCACAAUGUGCCCCAGUUGUUCUACUUGAACCGCGAUCAUGACGCCGCUAUCCCCUCCAGUUGCAGCAAGGUCCAAUUGAAGGUGGAGUAUAUUAAAUCGACACGGUAG